GGUUGUUCUUUAUUUGUAGGCUCUCCCCUAAAACCCUAUGCCAUAUUCUCUAUCUCUUAUAUAUGUAAAUUUUAGAAGUUAGGGUUUCCUGAUUUCCUAAACUAAAUUUAGUAACUAAUCUCUCGUAGAGUUCAAUGGCUGCUAACAGUCCGGUGGGUAUAGAUAAAGAACAGGCCUUUGGUAUGGCAGAAACUGAAAUGGAGUAUAGAGUAGAAUUGUUCAACAGGCUUGCUCAGACAUGUUUCAAUAAGUGCGUUGACAAAAGGUACAAGGAGUCCGAGCUAAAUAUGGGUGAAAAUACUUGCAUUGAUCGCUGUGUUUCAAAGUAUUGGCAGGUUAAUAGUAUGAUUGGGCAGCUGCUGAGUGCUGGUGGUCGGCCUCCAAUGUAAAAUCUUUGGCUAUUUGUUUUUAAUUCGAAGCAUAAGAAGCCAGCGCUUGAGUAAUGAUAUUGUUAUCGUUGAUCUUGAUUUGUAGGUCGUUACAUUGUUUGUAAGAAUUUAUAUUGGCUGUUAACUUAAGCAAUCUGAUAAAGAUUUUGGUAUUUGAAAUGAAUAAAGUUUCUUUUGGACUGAAAAUAAA